AUGCAACCGAAUAUUGAUGAUUUUAGACCAGAAAAUCCAUAUGGACCACCUGUUGUACCACCUCAACGAGUAGAGGCUCAAUCACAAAGAGGUUAUAGGGGGAAUCGUGCUCGUCAACAACGUCAUUGGAGGAAUGGAAAUGGAGGUGAGGGGUGGGGUCAAAGACAAUAUAACAGUCGUCAGCCAAGAUCUUAUAGAGAUGGACCAUCAUAUCGUGAUGGUUCUUCUUAUAGAGAUGGAAGUAUGCAUCGUGAUCGUAGCAGGGAUAGUUGGCAAAGACAAUACAAUGACCGUUCAUCACGUUCAUAUCGUGAUAAUGGUCCGUCAAGACAAACUCGACAGAAUCAAGGUGAUCGACAACCUCCAUGGCAUCAAGACAGAUAUUAUCAAUAUCCUCCACAAAAUGGUGUUUCUCAACAAACUAAUUGGCCCGCUAAUAGUCAUGUCGGUGAUGGUACUCAUAAUCCACACACAUUGAUACCGCCAGGAACUCAUGUACAAGGACAUGUUACUCAAAAUAUUUCGCAACCAUUAGCAGGUCAACUUGGACCUCCAGGUAUUUCUAACCAACAUGGUCUUCAAGGUGCUCACAGUAUAUUACAAGGUCCACCAGGACCUCAAACACCAAUUAAUCAACCUGUUCAUAUUGGUCAUUUGAAUCAACAUGAACAUGAUAGACAUCAAUCAUCACAUUUAAGUCAGCCCGGUGCACCUGGAACACAUUCAGUAAUUCCAACAUAUGUCGACCCGGCUUACGGUCAGGAACCUGCACCUUUCCAAGGGCAAUUACCACCCCAAAUGCAGCCUUGGGAUCAAAAUGUGGCUGGUUAUCAAGGCCACCAUUAUCAAACUGAUAAUUAUUAUCAUCAACAUGCAUACGAACAUUAUCCAGCUCAAUAUUCGUACGAUUACAAUCAACCAUUAGAUAAUAAGCAUACAAUGCCACCACAACCUCCACAACCUCCCCAGCCUCCAAAUCCUCCACAUUUUGGUCCAAUUAAUUCGCAUCAUUCACAAGAUAACUCCACAACGCAACCAACACAAGCUCCAAAAUUAAAUUCCCCGAAUCAAAUUUGUCAACCACCUCAACAACCUCCCACUACGUUACCCACACAACUUUCUAAUCCUAACCAAUUAUCAAUGCAACAAACUUCACAAGUACAAGGAUCAAAUAAUAAUGCAAAUAAUAAUGCAAAUAGUAAUGCUCCUCCUGGACUUUCUGCUACACCUCUCCAAGUUAAGCCAACUGAAUUAUAUGAAAAAUUAGGGCAAGUAGGCGAAGGUACAUAUGGUAAAGUUUAUAAAGCAAAAAAUAGAGAAAAUGGUGAGAUUGUUGCACUCAAACGGAUACGCAUGGAGGCAGAAAAAGAAGGAUUUCCUGUCACGGCACUGAGAGAGAUCAAGCUUCUACAAAAACUUAAACACGAUCAUAUUGUUCGUCUAAAAGAAAUUAUGGUCUAUCAAGGAGUCGUAUAUAUGGUAUUUGAAUACAUGGACCAUGAUCUUACCGGCGUUCUUUCAAACCCACAAAUAACGUACGAGCCACAUCACAUUAAAUGUCUAAUGAAACAACUAUUAGAGGGAUUGGCUCAUCUCCAUGAAAAUCAAAUUUUGCAUCGUGAUAUUAAAGGAUCAAAUAUUUUGUUAAAUAAUCGUGGGGAACUUAAAUUAGCUGAUUUCGGGCUUGCCAGACAUUUUCAACCUCGAAGAAUGCAUGAAUAUACAAAUAGGGUCAUUACAUUAUGGUAUAGACCUCCAGAGUUAUGUUUGGGUGCAACCGAAUAUGGGCCAGAAGUUGAUUUAUGGAGUGCAGGGUGUAUAAUGAUGGAGCUUAUUACGAGAAGACCCAUAUUUCCAGGUUCUGAUGAAAUAAACCAAUUAGAAAAAAUAUUUGAACUAAUGGGGGUUCCUUCGACCCAAGAAUGGCCGGAAAUAAUUAACUUGCCCUGGUAUUCAGUAAUCCAUUUCCCUGAAGUUUGGAAACACAAAUUCAGGGAACAAUAUUGGAACGUUCUCUCAUCAGGUGCUAUGGAACUUGUUGAGUCUCUCUUGUCGGUAAACCCUGCACAUAGACCUACCGCAAGGGAGGCUUUAAAUUUUGCAUAUUUUACAACCGAAGAUCCCAAAGCCUGUUCGCCUAUGGAGCUUCCCGAAAUAUUUGGGGAUUGGCACGAAUAUGAAUCUAAGCAUCGAAAAAAAGCCAAUCCUUAA